AUGGACAAUCUCGAUGAGAUUUCCAAGCUUGAAUACCUUUCACUUGUAUCAAAAAUUACCAGUGAACUUCUUAAUCAUACUGGGAUUAAUGACAAAACUUUAGCCGAAUUUGUGAUCCACCUUCACGAACAAAAUAGAUCUUUAUCUGCAUUCAAAAAAGCUUUGACAGAUGCUGGAGCUGACUUUCCUGAGUCUUUCGUAGCCAACUUGGAUCGUUUGAUCCAAAAAAUGAAUCCAAAAUAUAAAAACAAAGGCAAAGAACCGGAUUCAUCAGUUAAUGGUGAUACUACGAACAACUAUAACUUGGACGAGAAAGCUAGACUUUUCCCUGGUCUGGCAUUACCUGAUGAUCCAGAAGCC